AUGACGCUGCGGGGCGACGGGCGGCGGCCCGACGAGAAGCUGCGGGGCGACGGGCGGCGGCCCGACGAGAAGCUGCAGGGCGACGGGCGGCAGCCCGACGAGAAGCUGCAGGACGACGGGCGGCGGCCCGACGAGGAGAAGAAGGGCGACGAAACCGUUCGACGAAAACGAGCGCGCACGACGAGAACGAGACAUAGGAAGCGACGCGUCCUGAUAGACCUGGGGGGGCGGUUCUUCAACUCGAGCGUCACAUGGUUCCUGCAGUCGUACCCGCUCGACUUCACAGAAAUUCAUGCCGUGGAGGUGCGACAGGGCGUCUUUCAAGUGCCCGCGCCCAGCCAUAAGACCAUACGCGCCAACAUGAGUUAUCGCAGUCGCCUGCGGCCACUCCACACAGGCCCGGCAGACUUCCCUCCUUGGCUGCUCGCCCGAGUGCACUCUCACCGCUUCAUGGCCUCGGCUAUUGACAACGCUGGGAAGAACAUAGUGAACGUGACGCGGUGGCUGCUGGAGGAGCUGCAGGUGACGCCAGAGGAUACGGUGGUGGUGAAGAUGGAUAUAGAGGGGUCCGAGUGGGACAUCUUCCAAGCCUGGUUGGACUCUCCUCUCAUGCCACGGGUGAUAGACGAGCUGUUUGUGGAGGUGCAUUACAACCACCCCUCCAUGCACUUCUUCACAUGGACGCCGCGCAACUUCCCGCACUCGCGGCAGCAAGCGGGUCAACUGCUCAACGCCAUGCGCAGUGCUGGGUACUACGUGCACGCCUGGCCCUGA